GUAAGGAGAUUCUCAGAAGCCUUCUUCUACACUGAGCACCAGAAACUCACUGUGCUCACCUUCCAGGAAGGCCUGAUUCAAAGUCAUGGACAGAUUUCUACAGAAAUUCGUAAUUCAGAGUACUUCACCAGCUUGCCUCCGCUACCAGCAGAAUGUCUUGACAUAGAUGGGGACUGGAACACUCUCCCAGUUAUCUUUGAAGAUAGGUACAUAGACAUGCCUUGCAAAGAUCAGAAUUUGGAAGUGUUCCCAGAUUUUGAGGUUCCUGGAAAUACUCAGAUGGAUGUGAUAGAUAACAAUGAAGAUUUUACAUCAAAUGAUGCCACUGCAGUAAUGGAAGGAGACUUUGGGAAAGGUACUCUGAUAAUACACACAGAUAGGAUAAAUGGGAAUCCCUCCUGCAUAUACAGAGGUACUGAAGGUGCUGCUUAUACAGCUAAGGGUUUAAACCAGCACUGCACAUCUCAGGUAUGUACAGACAACAAAGAAGGCCAAAGGAAACCCGAAAAUAUUUUUGUUUCAAGUAAGGAAUCCACUUCUGACUCAGAUCCAGGCAAUACAGAAUGCACAUCGGAAGUGUUAAAAACAUCUGAGGAAGUUUUAUUAAAAGACAUUAGACUUGCAGCGUGUGUUACCUAUGAAGAUAUGAAACCUAGCAAUAAGGAUUCCCACAAAAGUGAGCCCAUGUUAAUUGUCAGUGCUCAGUAUGAAUGUGGAGCAUGCAGAACUGAUGGCUUGGAAGACAGGACUGAAACACAUAAAACAGCUGAAUAUGGUCAUGCUGACAAUAAUUUCACUUCAUCUGAGCUUGCACUGAAUGAAUUAAGCAGUCUUGAAAAAACAGGAGAUCCAGACCCCAAGACUCUGCUCCCUGUUUUGAAAGCUUUGCCCACCCACAGCUUUGAAGUGAAAUUGUUCACAAAGGAGCAACGAGGUGAGGAGUGUGAAGAAUUUACCCUGAUGUCAGGGGUUAUAAAAAGAUCCUCCUCUAUAAUAUCUGAUUCAGGCAUUGAAAGUGAACCAAGUUCGGUGGCAUGGUCUGAUGCUCGUAGCCGGGCACUGGAACUGCCCAGUGAUCGAGAGAUCCUGCACCACUUGGUACGAAGACAUGCUAUCCACCGAAAUUCCCUGGAGGGUGGCCACACAGAAAGCAAUACCAGCUUGCCCAGUGGGAUCCAAGCAUCACUCACGUCCAUUAGCUCUUUGCCCUUUGAGGAAGAGGAGAGGGAAGUGGAGCUUACCAAGCUGACCAAAUCUGUCUCAGCUCCUCAGAUCAGUAGCCCAGAAGAGCCUGCAGAUGAGGUGGAUAUAUCUAAACACAGUGAAGGAACCUCAGGAGAUUCAGGAGGAAACUUGAAAAGUUAUAUGGAGGCAGAGGGCGUAGAUGGGCAGUUGGCCCUGGACUUUUCUGGAUGCCAACUAGAACCAAGAGGACAUACCAAACCCUCUGUCAAACACAGUAACAUUGAGUUACAAGGGGAGGAGGAGAAGGAAGGUAUUCCAAAGACUUACUGUAGUUUGGAAAGUGCAAGACUACCCAUUUGUCCAAAGCAGCUCAGAGAUAAUGCUUCUGAAUUCCAGUCACUGGACAGCACUUCUGAGAGCAGCUUAAAAACACCAAGGGCUUGUAAUUACUUGGACAAAAAUAUAGAGAAGUUUGAUACAUGCGUCAAGGAUCCAAAGGAUAAAAUGAAGCCAAAUGGUUUAAAAAUACAACAAGGCUUUUACUCCAAUAGCGGAACUUCAGGAGAGGAGAGUUUCUCAGAAAGCAUAAAGCUGAUACCUGAUUUUUGCUAUCCUGUUCCAGCUCCUUCAGAGACCUCAGCUGAAUUUGGCUCAGUGCAAGCAGAGCGUGGUAGCUCUCUUGCUGAUGAGAGCCCGGCAGUGUAUGCAGAAAUGCAUGGGUUACAAGAAAUUGAGCUCAAUGACUCACCUGCCUCGUCAGACCCUGCUGCAGCUUCCCACCUGGCUGAAUAUCCUCAGGAACCUGAGAGCCAAGAGGAUAAACUCGUGGCUAAUGGCAACGGGUUUCAUUCAGCGACGGAAGGAGUAGCACUGGAAAGCAGAAAGGCUGUUGAUGUGGUUAACCUGUCUGUCUCUUGCACAGCCACCUGUCUUCCCUUUUCUUCUGUGCUCAAGGAGACACCUGCUAUGGUCGGCUCCUCUGCAAAGCAGGCUGCAUUCCCCAUCACACGUCAGCCUCUGGGCUCUUUUGGAGUUGCCUCUUCUAAUUCAGAUGAGGUGGAUGAAGAGACCAAUGAAAGGAUGCUGAAUUUUUAUCAGGCCAAAGAAAAAUUUAAAAAAGAAAUGAAGAUUGAAGGAUUUCUGUACAGUGACUUAUCUGUACUAGCUUCUGAUAUCCCCUAUUUUCCACCAGAGGAAGAGGAAGAAAAUUUGGAAGACGGAAUUCAUCUGGUUGUCUGUGUCCAUGGAUUGGAUGGUAACAGUGCAGAUCUGCGGCUGGUAAAGACUUUUAUAGAACUGGGACUCCCUGGUGGAAAACUGGACUUCCUAAUGUCUGAAAGAAAUCAGACUGAUACCUUUGCUGAUUUUGAUACAAUGACUGACCGAUUAUUGGAUGAAAUUAUUCAGCAUAUCCAGUUGUACAACCUCUCCAUAUCCCGAAUAAGUUUUAUUGGGCAUUCCCUUGGUAACGUCAUCAUUCGAUCUGUACUAACUCGCCCCAGGUUUCGCUAUUACCUCAACAAAUUACACACCUUCCUGUCCCUCUCUGGGCCUCACCUGGGAACCCUUUACAACAACAGUACCUUGGUUAGUACAGGUCUUUGGCUCAUGCAGAAGUUAAAAAAGUCAGGGUCACUCUUGCAACUGACCUUCAGGGACAAUGCGGACCUGCGCAAGUGUUUCCUCUAUCAGCUCAGCCAAAAAACAGGUCUUCAGUACUUUAAAAAUGUUGUGUUAGUGGCCUCACCCCAAGACAGAUAUGUACCCUUUCAUUCAGCAAGAAUAGAAAUGUGCAAAAACGCACUUAAAGACAGACACACAGGUCCUGUUUAUGCAGAAAUGAUUAACAACCUGCUCCAGCCUUUGAUUGGGGCAAAGGACUGCACUUUGAUCAGACACAACGUGUUCCAUGCUCUGCCAAACACCGCCAACACAUUGAUAGGCCGAGCUGCCCACAUUGCUGUGCUGGACUCUGAACUUUUCCUGGAGAAGUUUUUCCUUGUGUCAGGACUCAACUACUUCAAAUAG